UUUGUUCUCCUGACAGAAAAUUAUGAUUUGCCGCAUAUAGUGUUUUGCCAACUGCAAAUGCCUCAAUUUUAUUCUCAUAAAUAGAAAGCUGCAAAAAAACACCUUGUUGUAAGAGAAGACAUUCUAUGAAAUUUUAGGAGUAUGAAAUGGAAGUUAUGCUUUUGAUUUGAUCUAUGUUAUGUGCCAAUUUGUGAUUUUCUACCUCAAGUUUUCUAUCAUUUGUGGCUGAAGUUAUUUAUAACAUUUUAACGCACAUGCAUCUCGGCUUUUUGGCUCUGUGUGUUUUAUGUCGGCUGGGCUAACCUCUAUAACCCAUGAUUUAUCAAUUUUACCCUCAUUGUCUCCAGUGCUACACAUAAGCUCUUCAUGCACCUUUUUCUUUCAAUUCCUCCGUAUAGAUGCCUCGUUACAAAGAUGAGUCCCCUGCGGUUCGCGUCUACACGGUCUGCGAUGAAUCCAGAUAUUUGAUUGUACGGAAUGUUCCAGCAUUAGGUUGCGGAGAUGAUUUGAGGAAAUUGUUUUCAUCCUAUGGAGAGAUUGAGGAGUGUAACCCAAUGGAUGCAGAGGAUUGUGAGCCCUUCACCGAUGUCUAUUGGAUUAAAUUCCGCCUUUUCAACAAUGCCAGGUUUGCAAAAAGAAAACUGGAUGAUUUUGUUUUCCUUGGGAACCGACUGCAGGUUUCAUAUGCUCCCCAUUUUGAGAGUCUCUCAGACACAAAGGAUAAAUUAGAGGGAAGAAGAAGGGAGGUUUUAGCACGUUUGAACCCUAGAAGACCUCAAGUGACUGCAGCCUCAGGAUCUAGGCCUUCGAUUACCUCAAAGACCACUUCCCUAUCAGAAAAUUUAGAUCAUACUGAAAGGGAUCUAGCAUUUGAAGGAAGGUCGCACAACGGUAAUCUUCAAAAAAGAACAGUUUCUUCUAAUGAGGAUUAUUUUGCUUCCCAUUCCAUGAAUCAAACAGUAAAGGUUGUCCGCGAUAAGCUCGAUAAGAUUCAAUCCAGUGGAGAGCAUCUACAAGAUGGACCUGUAUCAAAGAAAUCAAGAGUUGAUAAUAGGAGGAGGAUUUAAUAUAUGUGAAGUUAGAGUUGUAUACAACUAUGAUCUUUUUUUCAGUCUCAAUUUGUUGUAAAUUGAUAAGAUGUGUUUUUAUAGGACUCAAAUCAAGUACGUGGAAUAGCUGAUUCACCAUAUCUUCAAUGA